UAGCAGCCUAUGCCGAUGAACUUUCUAUAGGAAUAGGCUUUCCACUAGACUGGUCCAACCUUUUAGAGAUUUUUAUACAGUACGAAAAGGCCUCAAAUACCAAGAUCAAUAAAGCAAAGUCCACAUUAAUUUCAUUAACAAACAAUGUACAAAGGGUCGAACUUGCGGACCAAUUUGGCUUUAAGCUCCUAAAUGAGAACCAAAAUACCUUUACUAUUCUGGGAUACACCGUUGAUCUAAAAGGCUCUCCUGACAAAACUCUUUGGAGCAAUAUUACCAAAAAGAUUAAAGAUAAAAUAUAG